AUGCGUAUCCCCUCAGAUCGUGCUUUUGGCCCUAGUGGUCCAGAUGUCAUCCUUCUGACUGCGGAUGAAGUAGAGAUCCCCGCGCACAAGUGCAUCUUGUCGGCAGCCUCCCCUUUCUUUGAACACAUGUUCGGUCUUCCCCAGCCCAAAACUCUCGAGGACCCUUCAGCAGACAAGAUUCCCAUAAUUCCCGUAUCAGAGCACUCAUCCGUCAUGUGUACGCUCAUUUGUUAUGUGUACCCUGAACCCGACCCCGUCAUAUCCUCGCUAGGCGACCUGUCAUCCCUUCUUGAUGCGGCUGUCAAGUACGAUUUCGAUGGGGCCACUUCUCGGCUCAGGAAAUACCUGACGUUUCCCGAGUUUGUGCGGGAGAAUCCACUGCGUGCAUUCGCCAUUGCCAAUCGUUACGAGCUAGACUACGAGGCCAGGGUGGCCUCCAAGUAUACGCUCUCGGUGAACGUCCUGGACUGUCCACUUUCCGACGAUCUCAAGUUUAUCACUGCCUACUCCUAUCACCGGCUUCUCAACCUUCACCGACAGCGCUCGAUCGCAGCGCGGAAGCUGCUUGAACUCCCUGAAGACGUCAAGUGCAUGCAAUGCAAUGGGGGCGCCUACUAUGCGAACUUUAUUCCACCGAAGUGGUGGAGGGAGUUUGAACGGAUGGCGAGCGAAGAGCUUGCGGUUCGCCCAACCACCGACGUGAUCUUCAGCAUGGAAUUCCUGUCGAAGGUGGUGGAAGCGACUGGAUGUCCGCGGUGUGCUGGGAGCAUCUUGUGUGCACACGGAUUCUUAAUGGACCUCAAGUCACAGAUAGACGAGCUGCCAGCCACGAUCUAA